AUGGAUGGAUGUGACGUGAGAGAGCGGGAGGUGCAGAUGUCUGAGCUCGAGCGGUGUAAGGCCCACUUUGUGAGCCUGCAGCGAUGGUGGGACUAUGGGAAAGUGCAGAUAAGGCAGCUGUGUCAGGAGUACACUCAUGGUGUCACAAGAGACAGGGCCCGGCUUGUGAAGGAGCUGGAGACUACAGUGGUAGAACUGCAGCGUUUAGCAGUUUCUACAGGAGAACAGGGGUGUUUACAGUCCCUCAAAGCACAAAAGUCGGCCUUGGCCAGCCUGCUGGGCUCCUCUGCACAGGGGGCUCUGGUCCGGUCCCGCCACAUGGAUCUGACCCAGAUGGAUGUACCCUCUCAGUUCUUUUUCAGUCUGGAGAAAAAGAACCGCCAAAAGAGGAUCAUCCAGUCUCUGCGCUCGGACAGCGGUCGCCUCAUCACAGACUCUGCCGAGUGGAGUUUUUUGAGUAUUUUUGUGGUUUUUGCCAAAGUGUUUCUCUGGAUUACCGUGCGCUUGUGUUUGGGAGUGUUUGUUGCCCGUGUACCGGCCUCCGGGCGAGGCGUAACGCCCGGGAUGGCCGGGGACAGAGGUUUGGAGCAGCUGACGCGGCGUCACGCUGUGAAGCUUGUGACUGCAGCGUCCUGCUCUGUGGAGGAGGCGAUACUCUCUGUGGAGGAGGCGAUACUCGCUGUGGAGGAGGCGAUACUCUCUGUGGAGGAGGCGAUACUCUCUGUGGAGGAGGCGAUACUCUCUGUGGAGGAGGCGAUACUCUCUGUGGAGGAGGCGAUACUCUCUGUGGAGGAGGCGAUACUCUCUGUGGAGGAGGCGAUACUCUCUGUGGAGGAGGCGAUACUCUCUGUGGAGGAGGCGAUACUCUCUGUGGAGGAGGCGAUACUCGCUGUGGAGGAGGCGAUACUCUCUGUGGAGGAGGCGAUACUCUCUGUGGAGGAGGCGAUACUCUCUGUGGAGGAGGCGAUACUCUCUGUGGAGGAGGCGAUACUCUCUGUGGAGGAGGCGAUACUCGCUGUGGAGGAGGCGAUACUCUCUGUGGAGGAGGCGAUACUCUCUGUGGAGGAGGCGAUACUCUCUGUGGGGAAAGAAGUGGGAUACGUCCACAUCAACACUGAGAAGGUGGCGGAGGCCGUGGAGAAGGGAGCCACCAUCCAGGGCCUGUUCACCUCUGUGCUGCCGCUGGUGAGUCCUGCCAGGCGGGUCAUCGUCUCCAACGCUCCUCCGUUUAUCAAGAACGAGACUCUAGCUGCAGAACUGUCCCGGUUCGGAGCUGGUGACACCGAUUAA